AUGGAACAUUUGCCUCUUGAUAAGCACGAUGUGACAGUGUCAUGGAAGGGGCCCAAAGACCCUGAGAACCCUCGAAACUGGAGCAAAGGCCGAAAAUGGACCAACGUGCUCAUCAUAAGUGCUCAAGCAACUAUCUCACCCGUUGCCUCGACCUUCCUGGCCGUCACAGACCUGACCGUAGCAGACGAUUUUCACGUCACCAAUGUGUACUUGCCUAGUCUUCCCGUCGCUGUAUACGUACUGGGACUUGGUCUGGGACCCUUAUUUCUUGCGCCAUGCUCUGAACUAUAUGGACGACGAAUCGUCUUCCUGACGGCUUUCUUCCUCUUUACGAUCCUGAAUGCAGGAUGUGCAGUCGCACCGAACAUGGCGGCGCUGGCUCUCUUACGAUUUGCUACCGGAAUGGCCGGAUCAGCAGGACCUGGGCUUGGUGCUGGCAUUGUCAGCGACAUGUUUGAACCCAAGGAGCGCGGCAAAGCGCAAGCAGUCUAUGGCCUUGGUCCUCAAGGUGGCCCUGUGUUGGGAGGCGUCAUUGGGGCAUUCCUCCUGGAGCUGACUGGAAAUUGGAGAUGGCUGCUCUGGCUCAUGACAAUGGCAUCUAUUCCAAUGAACACGCUAUCUUUCUGUCUCCUCCGAGAGACCUACGAGCCUGUACUGUUUGAGUGGAAGGCUAAGAAGCUUCGCGAGGAAACUGGGGACAGCACCUACCGAGUCAAAAACGAAAUUAGGCCACGGGAGCUGUUUCUCCACGCCAUGACCAGACCGUUCCGGAUGUUGUUCACAGUCCCAAUAUGUACGGUGUUGAGCCUUUACACAUCACUAGUCGUCGGGAUAUUCUUCAUCCAGCUCACCACCCUCCCGCUCCUUUUUGGUCCCAUCCCCGAAUUUGGGUUGUUCUCAUACAAGUGGGAACAUGGUCUAGAUGGUCUUGCAUACCUUGGCGGUGGACUUGGCCUUGUGUGGGCCACUUUGAUUGGGAUCUUUGGUCUCAACCGUUCGCGUAAGUGGAUGGCUACUCAUUUCGGCAAUGGCGAAGGGAGACCUGAGUUUCGACUGCCUCUCCUUUUCCUCGGAAUGCUACUUAUACCCGUCGGCCUGUUUCUCUUCGGUUGGUGCGCACAAGCACGCGCCCACUGGGUUCUGCCACUUCUAGGUGCGGCCAUCUUCAGCUGUGGUAUGCAGAUAGCCUACGUCUCGAUCCAAGUGUAUACUGUCGAUACCUUCCGGACGUAUGCAGCUAGUGCUCUGGCUGCAAAUGCCGUCGCUAGAGGCGUUGUGGGAUGCUUCCUCACGAUCCUCGGCUUCAAAGUCUUUGAAAGCUUGGACUACGGCUGGGGAAGCUCACUGUUGGCGUUCGUAGCACUUGCUGCGCUUCCAGUACCAGUGGUUCUGUAUAUAUAUGGCUCAAAAUUGAGGGAAAGAACCAUCGAAUCUUAA